AUGAUUAAUAGUAAUUUCAGAUUGACCAAAAGGCAAUGUCGCAAAGAAAUUUACCCUCUGGUCAAAGAAUUAUUACAUAAACAACCUGGAACUCAUGUCAGAGGUAGAGCCUUACUGUCUUUACACAUUUCCAUGGUUACAGGAAAACUUGGGCUAUCGUACUCGGACAAAAAAAUUUCACAAUACAUUUGGAAAUAUUGUCUAAAAUGGAAAGAGCGUGUAUCUUACAUGGAAGGCAAGAACCUUUCGGAUGAUAUUCCCAGUAACGAAAAUAUUGGAUCACAGGUUGAGAAAAUAUCACUCGCAUUCACACAAAGCCAGGCUCAAGAAUUUCUUGACGUGCAACCAUUUAAUGUCCCCCCUCUGCAGGAGCCUCGAAUAAAUGACAUGAUCACCGGCAUUACUUUUUGA